GCAUCAACGGCGAGCGUCGCGUGACCGCACGUCGCGUGACGUAGGAGGAAGAAGGCGACGCCAUUAGAGGGAGUCAGGCUGAGGCGGCCCCCCCCCCCUCCGGUAACAGGGAAGUGGGUGUCUCUUUCCUCCGGUGUCCCCGUCUCCUUCUGCGCGGGGCCUGCCUUCCCUUCGCCUCCUCCCCCACCCUGCUAGGAGAGGAGCGGGGCUGCGGAUGUGAGGCCGCGGCGUCGGCGGCCACUUCGCUGCGGAUGGCGGCGUCGGCGGCGACCUCUGGCGCGGGAGGCGGCGCUGCCGGCGGCGGGAGAAGCUUUUCCUUCAAGGUGGUCCUGCUGGGCGAAGGCUGCGUGGGGAAGACCUCGCUGGUCCUCCGCUACUGCGAGAACAAGUUCAAUGACAAGCACAUCACCACCCUACAGGUAGGUAGCCCGGCAGCAGCAGGAGGGGCGGCGGCGAGAGGCCGCUUCGGGGGCUUGACCCCGACACGCUCGUCUGAAUGCGGUGACGCUGCUGCUGCUUCACUUUUCCAGGCACGAGUUCUCGCAGGCUGCCGGGUCGAGGUUGGGUUUGAUGAGUCCUAAGGGUGUGUACGCCUCGGCGGGGCUGUCACUUCUCGGUUAUACGGGACUUCAAUCUCUUUUCUUCCGAAGUGAGGAGUGGUGCUUUUAGGGCGUGAAAGUGUCGCAGAACAAGCCGCUAGCCUUUUCCUACCACAGCUAGCUCAAAGCCAAAUAGUACCAAAUACCUAGUAAACAAUUUAUGGUGGUGUUGAUUCACAGGGUGGCCCUCUCUCCUCUGAAGGGUAUUUUGCGUUAUCUCUUGUGAUGCUGAAAUAUGAGUGAGAACACAUGGAAGCAUAAAAGUUUUUUUUAUUGUGUGUGUGGACCUUUGAUGCUUGACAGAUUUAUGGGCGCUUGUGGAAUCCUUUUUCUUUUCAGGUACCAGAAGUAUAUUUGAUAAGUGGAUUCUGCUUCACAAAAGCAGUCCCUUAGUCUUUAAGGUGCCCCACAAGAGCAUGUGUUUCUGUGGUGCAAACAACUGGCAUGGAAUAUGAACACAUUACAUGCUCUAUAUAUACUAACUAUAUAUAGAGCAGUGUGUUGUGAAAUCUAGGAGCAUUGUAUGCAUAGUUGAACCUAUUUAAAUCUAGUCUUCAUAUAGGUUACAGUGGAUUUUUAAAGAAUAUACGUAGCCAAGGGACACUGAAUAAGGCUGCUUACUUGGUGGCUGAGUACCCCAUACACUUCCAGAAUCACUUAUAGAAAUGAUUUCACAUGUCACAUGAACAGCUUCUGUAAAUCAUAAGUGCACCAAACAUGUGAAAUGUGUUUUCCAUGGUUCAUAAUGUGCUGUUCCAGUUUCUUUGAACAAAAGUAAUUUUUGUGGAACACCCCCCCCCAAAAAAAACCCAACAACAACAACCACCCAACAACAACCCAAAGAUUUAGUAACUGUUCCUGUAUACUAUCUUGUUACAAGUAUUUGGGGCAAAUGAGAACAGAAAAUGAAAUAGUUAAAAGGAAGGGGGGUCAAUGAAAUUGUUGUUCUGAAAUGAACACGUCCGUUUCAGAAGGUUUAAAUCUGAUCAGAAGUUUAUUGAUUCUUUAAAAAAUCACUCGUUUUAAGGGCCAGGGAAACUUGCUGAAUCAUUAGUCCCAAGUGAGGUGUUCACCAGAAUUCUGUGUUCCUUUGAAUUUAAAUAUUUUGCGUCGUGUACAUUGACUCAUUAGUUUGUGGUAACUUAGUUACAGUACAAUUAGUGCAAGAUCAAACCUGUCACUUAAAUUACUGUGAAGUCAUGUGUUAUCACAAGAUCCACCAUACUGACAGUGGUGGUUUUUGAAGUUCACUUCUUAGAACUAACUUGUGGCCUCCUUCUUUUAAAAGCAACAUCUGAAGGGAGUACUGUAACUUUGUAGUGUGCUACUUGUGGUGAGUAGCAGGGAAACAAAACUAUUUAUAUUUGCUUAAAUGCUCCUUCCAACAUAGUCCUGCAGGUAUGUACGUUCUGUGUUUCCUGUUGUUAAGACUGGGCGGGAGGGAAGAGGGACAGGCAGCUGUGUCAUGAUUCAGUGCUAUUUCCCAAGCAAGGGAACAUCCAUCAAUCCAGUAUUAUGUGACCACGUAGUCUCAUAUUACUCUGUGAUUAAUACUAGGAGCAAGGGAGAGAUGAGUGCCCAGGAUAGCUUGGUUUCUCUGGUUAGGGAAAUACUGUACAUCUUUUGCACUCUCCUUUAACCUAAUAUGAUUUAAUUUGGAAUCAUACAUUAAUUAUUGUAGUUCAACAGCUGUGUUUGCUAGUGAAGACCUAGGUAGAGAGAACAUAGAAAAUUGAAAGAGACACGCUAUUUAUUUUCUUACUGUUUUUACUUCAUCAAUUUAAGAACCUAAAAUGGUUUAUGCAUAAUUUGGCAUAUAAAGCUGCACUGUGUGCUAUAGUUACUAAAUGUAAAUGUCACGGUUUUAGUGAAACAUUAACUGUAAAUAUGUCUGGUGUUGGAGUGUUUAAUCAUCUGUUGGCCCAUGUUGUAAGCUGAGCAAGAAAGACCCUGCUGUUGGUUUUACCAUAAGUGGCUGUGGUCUGUUCUGUGGUGAUGCAGUUAUGGUACCUAAGUUGUGGAACUGUCUUCUGUUGCAACUUUCUUUUACUAAAGGCACAACAAUCUUUUGUUGACCUCCUUCUGAUGCCUGUAAAAACAUACCUGUUGCUUCUGACAUUUCAGGAUAAAUGAGCUUAGGGCAGGUUUGCCUACUGCAGGAACUAUGUUCUUUUGUAAUUUUGAGUAAUGAUUUAGUGUUGAUUGAUAGGUUGUAUUUUUAUUGGAAUGUUUGUACACUGCCCUGAUAACCUUCAAUUUAAAAAUACAAUACAGUCGUACCUUGGAUCUCAAACACCUUGGCUCCUGAACAAAUCAGCUCCCGAAUGAUUGAAACCUGGAAGUGAGUCUUCCGGUUUUCGAACGAUUUUCGGAAGCCUAAUGUCCAGUGUGGCUUCUGAUUGGCUGCAGGACAUUCUUGUAGCCAAUUGGAAGCUGCACCUUGGUUUUUGAACAGUUCCGGGAGUCGAGCAGACUCCUGGAAUGCAUUCUGUUCAAGAACCAAGGUACAACUGUACCAAGGACGAAAUAGCAAGUUACUUCAAGGCAGGCCUGGCCUGGGCAGAGGGGUGGGGGAGCAGGGUACAAUUGCCCUGGGCCUUGAAGGGCUAAGCUGGCCAGAGGGCCCUGCCAGACUUACGCUGUCACGCCAAGAACGCUCUGUGUUUCCCAGUCGACCGGGAACUCCUGCCCCAGCCUCAGAUAAGUUCUGCACAGACCUGCCUCAACAUACUGCUGUUGGGUUUUUCCAUUUGAAGAAAAGGAGUGAUGGUGUGGUCAACAAAAGAAAAGUUAUAUUUGGGCUUAAGUAAUAUUAUCUCUAGAAGCAGCAUGAUCCACAGUAAUACCUUCCGCAGCACUUUACACACCAAACAAUAACUUUUAUACAGUUAAAGCCCAGGGUAUAGUCUGAAUAAAUAUAAGACCACCCAGAAAAACAGGAUAUAAAUAUAUAAAGCAAAAGUACCAUCAGUCUACAAUAGAGAGGAACUGUAAUUAACUUUUUUUAAAAAAUACAAACUGCUGCAAGCUAUAUAAAAAUUAUUAUAUCACUCACCAAUUUCUUUCUGGAAAAAUGGAAGAAAAUAGUUUUUGGGAGAUGGGGAGGAGGUAGAGAAUGAGAUGGGGAAACAUUUUUUUCCAUCACAGCUCCAGCAGCAUACCUCAGUGGCAAACAGAAACUAACACAUACAUGUGUUGAGGCCCCAAGUUAGGAAAGGCCCGUGGAGUCAAUUGUGAAGCUGUGGGCAUCUAUCAAGUACAUUUUGUUCAGUCUUUGGAGCUGCUUCUAAGUAUAUUGUGGAGAAACCAAGCUUUUAAAUGCAUGUAUAGCUCUUAAAAUUGAUGCUCCUGGUUGCAUUUUCUUCUUAGAUAGCUAUACUCUGAUACAAAAUGUUAAAAGAAGUUUUACCAUUUGAGCUGAUUUUCUGUGCUGUUACUGUUACCUGUCUUCAUGGUAUGACAGUUUCAUAAUUGACUAUUUGUAAGAAAACUGUUUACUUCUGUAAAUACUUAUAUUGACUUCCAUAAAAGUAUAUUAUGGUUGUUAACAAUGAAACAUAAAAAAUAAAUAAUAAACAAACAGAGCAGCAAUCAGGUUAGGACAAACUUGGCAUGCUGGUAUUAAAUAUAAGCAAAGGCCUGGAAGAAAAAGUAAGUUUUUAGCAACACCAAAAACGGGUAUUGUUAGCCUUGCCUUAAACAUAUGCCUCUUGUUCACUAUAUUCUAUUUUUGCAGUAGAUAGAUAUCUUUAUCUCAUUGUAGAUAAUGCAUUGAGUGCACUUUUAUGACUGUAAUUCUGCUGAAUUUCUUCAACACAUCAUGAAUCAGUUUUACUUUGGCAUAAGGUAUUUAAUGUUCAUAUGUUCUUUAUUGUAGGCAUCUUUUCUAACAAAGAAGCUAAAUAUUGGAGGAAAAAGAGUAAACCUUGCAAUAUGGGUAUGUGUUUAUUGAUUACAUUUCUUGUGUGUCUAAAGAUAGAACUCUGUUUAUCAUACCAAAAUAUCAAGGCGUAUCAAAAUAGCACUGACUUUAAUUUUACUAGCUUAAAAAAGAACUAACAUAAAUGUAUUUGCUUCAUGCAGGAUACAGCAGGGCAAGAAAGAUUUCAUGCACUGGGUCCUAUUUACUACAGAGACUCUAAUGGAGCUAUUUUAGUGUAUGAUAUAACAGAUGAAGACUCUUUCCAGAAGGUAACUAUACCCUUUCCAUUGAAGAAGUAAACUCAAAAGCUUCCAUGUUGACCAGAUUUUCUUGAAACUAAUACUGUAAUCAUUUUUUAUUUUAUUUUUUGCUAUGGAAAUGAGUACAGUGUAGGGUUUGAAGAACUUUUCAUACCAGUUUGGUUUCAUGUAACGGUUGUGCAACUUACCUAAAAUCUCUUUGAGCUGCAGUCCUAUACACUUACAUACCUGCUGAUUAGACAGGGAUAGGAUUGCUUUCAAUGUAGGAAACCAGGCGAGAUGGGAACUUCUACCUGCUUGUAUUUUAAUGUAAGAUAGAUUUAUGCUAGAUUCUUUUCUGUCCUAGUGCUUACUAUAAUCCUGAAGUGAAAUAAUAGAAAUUUCUUUUCAUUCUUGCAGGUAAAAAACUGGGUCAAAGAAUUAAGAAAAAUGUUGGGAAAUGAAAUUUGUCUAUGCAUAGUUGGUAAGCUUUUGGUUUUCCACACCUUACUUUAUGACUAGGGAAUCUUGUUCAGUUUAAGUGCUAAUUGUCUUUUAAAUUAUUGUGCAACACUUAUCAAACUGCUUCUCUACAGCUUCAUAAGGGUACACAGUUGUGUUUACUAUUGCACAGUAAAAAGAAACUAUAUUUGUGCACCUUAAAAGUGAAGUGAUAGUAAAGCAGAAGGUUAAAUGGUGGUAGCAAUAAUGCGAAAAGCUUCCUUGAGCAAAAGAUGACACAUUUCUAAACAUUUUGUAAUCCUGAUAGGGAAUUGUUUCCUAGAUACCCGUGUCCAAGAAAACAAUGCAAAACCUCUUUGGGAACAUGAUACAAUUUACUUAGUAUUGCAAAUGUUUAGAUUGGUGAAGGAUUUCCAAAAGUAGGAUUAUACUACAGGUAAUACUGACAUUUCAUGUAAAAAACUUCAGUAUCUCCUUAAAACUGCCAACCACUGUUGCAUUAACCACAGUUUCCUGUGGAAUUGCAAAAGUGAGCGCAUCUUGAAAAGUUCUUGCCUCUACAAACUGUUCAGAGUGGAUGAAUGUGCUUUUUGCUUUUUUUAGCGGCAGUGUAAAGGGCUGCAGAAAGGUCUUGAAAUCUUUCUGUCCACUCCCACUGCAUAGCAAUCUCAUAAACAAUCUUGGGUGGUGUGAGGUUGUUGAGCUAAAGGUUGUUAACUGGCUAACAAUUGGGUGGAUGUAGCAGCAAAGAAGCUAAUGUCUCAUGGGCUUGGAAAUGGAAAAAAAGAGGCUAGAAAUACUGAAAAUAUUGAGUAGAAGUGCUUUCUCAUUUUUUUGACAGGUAACAAAAUAGAUUUGGACAAGGAAAGACAUGUCUCUAUUCAAGAAGCAGAAACGUAAGUUGAAGUCUCAGUUUUAAUAGCACUUUGAAGAUAUUAUCAUUCUUUUCCCAGCUGCACUACAUUUGGUUAACAAUAGUUCUGCCUGAACUUUGCACAGUGUAUUCUUCAUGGUAGUGUGACUCCUGUUUUUCUCAGAUUUAAAUUUCUGGAUUCCAUGAUAUAUUUUUAAAAUUAUGUUGCUGGUUGUGGUGCAUCAUCAAUUUUUUCAACAGAUUGCUGCAAUCCAAACUGCAAGUCUCUGAGAAUGAACCCCAUUGAAUUAAAUAAUAAUAAUAAUAAAAAUAGAAAUAAAUAAAAUAAAAUAAAAUAAAAUAAAAUACAAUAAAAUAAAUUAUUUGUACCCCAGCCGGAGUUAGGCUCAGAGCAGCUAACGUCAUAUAAAUAAUACAAUAUGCAUAAAAACAAACAAUCAGUCGAUUAAAAUGCACCCCAAAAUUAAUUCAAAUAAAUUAAAAUUAAAGUUAAAACCAGACAAAUGACAAUCCUCAGGUUAAAACUGAAAGCGGUUAAUACUCGUCAGGACCAAUAGGGCUGACUUCUCAGUAGAAAUGGUUAGUAGAAAUGGUUAGGAUUGCCCUGUAAAUUAUUUUGGGCUUGGCUUUGGUGAAUGUUUAACAGUAACGCAACAGCCUAUUGGUUUUCUGUUCCCAGGCAUGGGAGAGAAGUGCUGGCUUAUAUUCCUUUAUAGAAACAUGGGAUGAAGUGCUCUAGUUCUUUUUAAUUUUUUAAUAAGGUUCUUAUUUACUUUUCAUGGUAAAUAAGGUUCUUAUUUACUUUUCAUGGUACAGAAGAUACAUUUUGAGUAACAAUAGUUACAAUAGCAAACAACAAGCAACUUGUCCCAAUAAAAUUACAAACUUUGUCAUGCUAUGUAAUAAAGCAUGACAAAGCAUGGGUUACUUUAAAAGAUCCCACCACAUUUUCCCAUGAGUGUUGCGUGGAUUCUUGCCACAGUAUGGACAAUUUAUGUAUUCAGUAAACAUUUGCCUUAUGUUAUAAAAACAAACAGGAAUUGUUUUGCCCUUUGCCUCUCUGACCUGACAUGUUAAUUUCUCAGCAAAUGAUACUGACCAUAAGGAUUCCUAGUUCUUGAGACUACUCUCUCCCUUCAUAAUACAUAAGGGUGCCCGGUAUCUUUCUAAGUGCUCCUUGCACUCCUUUUCUUUGCUAAACUUCUGGCAGUUCAGCCCUUGCCCAUGUGUGACUGCUCCAGGUUCUGGAUUUCCUUCCCAACAGAGGUCCAUCUAGCCCCUUUUCUGACUUUCUGCCAAACGGCAAAACCAUUUUUUAGAGUGGUCAUGGGCCUCCGUAAGCUGACUUGUGCAGCCACAUGCUAUGAUUUGUUCAACUGCUUUUACGUAGUUCUUAAUCGGUUUUAUUGAUGUGUUUUUACCUGAUUUUUGCAUUUUGCUAUAUGUAUUUUUCUUUAGGUUGAAGCUAGUGGUGACUGCACAAUGGAAUGGGGCUUUGGCUCAUGCAGUGGGACUUCCCCUUUCUUUAUUCUGCCUACAGUGUCCUGCAUACCUUCCAAAAUCUGCUUUAUAUGAUUGGGGAUGGGUCCAAAACUGAUCGGGGAGGAGGUUUGAAAGGGAAGUCCCUUUGCAUGGGCUGGUUGGGUUCCAGCCUUUGUAGCUUACUAUUUGAGAACCAUCUGGUGGAAAGACAGUUUAACAAAUAGCCUUCAUAUUAAUUAACUGCAACUUCAAACAUAGCACCUACUUACUUACUGCAUUUAUAUCCCAGCAUUCUUCCAAGGUGGUGUCCUUCUCCCUCUCUCCAUUUUAUCCUCAACAGCAUCCUGUUGAGGUAGGUUAGGCUGAGGGACAGUGACUGGCCCAAAGUCCACUCAGUGAGUGUUAUGGCUGAGGGGGGAUUAGAACUGCAACCUUCCAGCUGUUAGUCCAUCAGUCUGAGCAUUACAUCACAUUGGCUCCCAACUUACUACCAUGUUGGCAUUUUCUGUCUCGAGAGACAAUGGACUGUGUCUCUGGGGGUGAGGUCAAGCUGUCAGAGAAUCACAGCACCCGCUGUGGUUGCAGAAACCAGUAACUGAUGCCUCCCAUGUUGUUUUUGCUGCAAUAGCAGCUCUGAAGUGACACCUCUGGAGCGCAAACCUGGGUAGUAUGUAUGGAGGUCCUAGGGUGCCCAGAUGACAAGACACUCCACCCCUGUCUUGCUGAUGUGGUCCAACGUAAAGCCGAGCAAUAUAUUUGGCACCAGCUUGGCUGCAGGAGUACUGGAAUGAGGCAUACAAGAUGCCAUCCAACCGUCUUAAGGGACUCCAUGUCGGAUUUGUGUAGGGUUUACUCUUUCGUCUUUUCUUCUCCUGAAUAUGUCCUGCAAGGCUACUAAUGUACAUAUAUUCCAUCUAUUUCCUCUAUGCUGGAUGCUGAAGGAAAUCUAAGUUUUAUACUUAACUACAACAUUCCCUUAAAAUGUAGAAUGAUGUUUGAAGAUUGCUAUUGUUUUUUAGUUGGGAGCUAAAGGCUUUCCUUAUUUCCAGGUAUGCAGAAUCGGUGGGAGCAAAACACUAUCACACAUCAGCCAAACAGAACAAAGGCAUAGAAGAACUCUUUCUUGACCUGUGUAAAAGUAGGUUAUUUUGUGUUGAGUUGCUAGUUAUGUUACUGCGGUGAAAUUGGGAAAUUUUAAUUGCAGCCCAAGUGCAACCAGUAUUAAAAAGGGCUGCCUGGUAUAACUUGUGUUUCAUAAACAUUUAAUCUAUUUAGAUGUAGCUAGCACAGCAUUUCUGUCCAGAUGGAUGUUUUUGCUCUACAUCAGGGUGAGGAGCCUCUAGCACACAGGCUAAGCUUGGCCCACCACUGGGUCAAACCUGCCUAUCUGCCAAUAAGCUAUCACUCUGAGGGGAGGUAGACUGAUGGGCAGAGAAGGGCAGGGUUUGAUUUUGCAUUGACUGUGCAUGUUGGCUUCCCUACUGGGAACUGGUGUACACAGCAAAAACAGUAGGAUUUAAUCUCUGCUCAUCAACUGACAAGUGGAGAUUAAAUCCUGCUCAUUUUUGCUGUGUGUGCCUGUUCUUCUGCUGAUGUCAGAUAUUCCGUUUUGAAGUCCUGACUGUUGGGACUGCAGAGUGCAGUGCAAGGCUAUUUAAAAGCCCUUUUGCAAACAGCCAUACAUUGCUGUUUAAAUCUCUCACUUUUGGAAAUCUAUAGAGCACCAUGGGGCUUUUUGGAAAAGGGCUUUCAAAGAAUCCCAUGUUGCACAAGUCCAGACAGUCAGGGCUUCCAAGUACAGCAGCAUCUGAUGCCACUGUGACACUGGGUGUUUAAUAGGUGGAUGACCUUGCCCACUUGUCAAAUUUGGUCUCCAGGAAUGUGGAAAUAAGGAUCUGGCCAGAAAAGAUUCCCUACCCUUGCGCUACAUGAAUGUUAGUCACUAUGCAGUUUUGAAUACUUCUGCACAUUGUAGGAUUUUAUUGCAUGUUAAACUCUUACUACAUUGAAUUGGCCAUCUUUCUCUUAAAUAACAUCUGCUUAAUCUGUACAUCUAAGUUCCUAAAAGGUAAAGGUAAAGGGCCCUACUUAGGUGGAUUCUUGUAUUUCAAUGAAAACUACAUCUAUGUUAAAACGUUGAGACUUAAGUUGUGUUGUCACCUCUUGGCCCAGGAUUUUAAAAAAAAUUGUGCUGGAUAGUCAAGUUUUUCAAAAGUGGAGGUUGGCAACUUCCUGGGUAAAAUUGCCCUGGGCUACAACACUUUUCAUUCUACAUCAUAGAACAUCCAUAUUUGGGUUACUGUGUCCCAGUUGGAUGGUGAAAUUUUCCUCUGGUAUGGUAUUGUAAGUAAUGCCCAAUGGACACCCAAGUCAAAGCCUGAGGAUUUUUUUGUACAACCAACAAUACUGAAAAGUUGUUGCUAUACUCACUGACAGGUGGGACUGCUGGUGUUGAAUUAUCUAUGGCUAGUGAUCUCCAGUAAAAUAGUAAUUUACCGGUCCCAUUUACUAUCUCAGGGUAACAAAAUGCAUUUUUAAUUGAAUAAAUUUGUAGGUAAACUUGUGAGCUAUUAUUGCAUCUGAACUUGUACAACCUCCAGCAGCCUAGCUGCUGAACCUUAUGGGUUGGAUUUAGAAUUGGUUACGCUUUUGUAGUAGAUAGUCAUGAUUAAGUUGUCCCAUUCAUUUCAGUGGACCUUCUCUAAGCAUAAGUUAAUCUGAAUCCAACCCUUUAUCUUGGCCUAAGAACAUACUGGGCAUUUGACAUUAGCCUUCCAUUUAUAAAUAUUAGGAUGGCUAGCUUGCAAAUCUGUCAGAAGUCUCUCGCUGCUUCUUCUUCUGUAAAACAUUAUGAAUAUGCUAAACUGAACCAGUGUGACUUAAAUUGCUUUUAUGAGUGAGUGACUAAUCUAACCUAAUGCAAUAUCCUUCAAUUCUAGGAAUGAUAGAAACAGCGCAAGUCGAUGAGAGAGCACGAGGCAAUGGUUCCAGUCAGUCAGGAACUGCAAGGCGGGGAGUACAGAUAAUUGAUGAUGAACCAGCAGCUCAGACCAGUGGAGGCUGCUGCUCAUCUGGAUAAUUGUAUAAGACUGUGUAUCUUGCCCCUUAGUGAAGACUGCCGUAUUCAAAGUCUCAUUCUUUAUCAGUGGAGAAUCGGAAUUAACAGUAUUCAAAAUCAUUUCUAACAAUUCAGUACCAUUAAGUGCUAAACUAGUGGAGUAUGUGACCAGAGAAUUGGCAUUUUCUACAAUGGUUAACAAAGCAAACCAAUGGCCUUUUUACAUAGUUCUUCAAUAAUGAAUAAUAUUGCAUGUGGGAAAGACUUAUGGCUUCAUUUAUAUUUUAAAUGAGAUCAUUAUUUAAUAACUUAUAUACACUAUUGGAAUGAGACAUUUUUUGCAGCCCUUUGUAUUUUGUGGUAGAUUGAACUGUUAUCACUUCAAAAUUGCAAAUUGAUUUCUUUUUAAUUAGCAGAUACUGAAUACUAUUUUUGCAGGGUUGGUGUCAACCUAUAACUGUCUGACUACUUUGAUAUAUUCAUUCUGUACUCCAUGCUGGUAAAAAUAAAUUGUAAAUUACAUAUUAAAUAUUUUAUCUGCUUUUACAAGUGCAGGUGCAGAAAUAUGUACAUUAGUCUUGUCAGUGAUUGUGAAGUGAGUAACAGCUGGUGAAAAAGAAACAAAUUUCAUUAUUGACUGCUCACUUUUAUCCUUGCUAGAUUAUGUCCAUUCUUUUUGCUUGCUCUGAAGUUCACAUAUUUUGGGAGAAACUUUCUGGCAAGUAUAGGUCUCUAAACACAUAAGGUCUAAACAUCUAGUUGGAAUGUUGUGAUUUGCUUCUACACUUGUUUCUUCUAAUAGAAGUUUGACAUGCCUAAAAUAUUGAACUGCUUUAUAGCUGCUUUUGUCACACAAGAAUUGAAUCUUACAAACUUGGCUGCUUCCAUCUGAUAAUCACUAAGCAAGACCUGAUCACGAAACUUCUGUUCUUUUAUCCUUGCUUCUUCUUGUCAAGCUUUCUUCCAGUUAAAGAAAUGAAAAUAAGUGAAAAAUAACUUGGCUGCAACAGUUUUCUUUGGGGGUUUUUUUAAUAGGCCAUUCAGAUUGGAAAGAACGCAAUGUGUUUUGUAUCAGCUUUGUUGAAAUCCACUUGGUUUUUGAAUAGGAGGGAUUACAAAUAAGAAUAUAGAAAGUAUCUUCUGAAGGGACAGAGAUUUGGAAAAUAACCUGGAACUGUUCUUGUAUUGGAACUAGAAGAGUAAAGCUAAAGUAGAAUGCUAAAGAAAAUUUCACUGAAGGUAUUAUUUGGUAAAUGGGUAUAUGUUGGUGUGGAAAUGGAGUACAUGGUUUAGCCUUAGAAAACUGGCUUGUGUGAUCCUCAUACUAAUGUCACGUGGUGCUUUGAAUUUUCAGUAGUGCAGUGAUCGAUAUUCACAUUCAAACCUAAAAAUAAAGGUGCACUGAGAACUUGAUACCAACCUUAUUAACUUCACUCUCCAAAACCUGGCACAUAAGCUUUAAGGUUAUUAGUCUUCUAAAACAUUGCAUGGAUUUAUUAUCUUUCACAAGUUGUAUGAAAAUCAGGUGAGGCUUAUGAGAAGAAACUAGCUGCCACACAUGGCUAUAAUCUAUUUAAUAUGUACAUUGUACUCUGUACCCUUGACCUUAAUUGUAAGUUAGAUGAUCUGUUAAAGUGCAUCUGUUUAGUUUGGUUACUGUGACUUAAACCAUGUGCUGCUGUAAGCUACUCUAUCUUCAUUAAAUAUUCAUAUUUAGUACCUUUUACUUACAACUACUUUUCUCUAGUGGAUACUGUUUAGCAUGGUAGUAACAAAAUGGACAUAGGCUCAAACAGAGAGGGGUCUGAAGUUUUUUGAGAAGGUAAGGCUUCUUUCUGCCAGUUCUUUAUUUGCAUUAAAGUUAAUGACUCUAAAAAUUAGUCUUUGGCCCUUGUAACUAUCUCAAAUCAAACUGCAAAGUAGGAUAAGAAAUUAGUGUAUCAGUCUGAAAAUCCUAUGGUGGAAGAAUAAUUCCGGAUGCUUCAAGCAGCACCUUCCUGCUUCACCAGUCACUUAAUUCGGACUGGGGUUUGGGAAGUCUUUGUAAUCCUGAAGGUAGUUAGAUCCUUAACAGAAGCAGAACCCAUCUUCAGAAAUCUAUUUUAGGUGCGAUUCUGAGCCACCUAACAUAACUGCACCUUGAUCCUAGUUUACUGCAUUCUUGCUCUCCUUCAGCUGGUUGGUGGUGUGAGUUUCAUUCAGAAGCAUUUGUCAAAGCUUAUCACACUUGUCCACAGGAGUGUUGCAUGAAUUUAGAAACCAGCAUUCCCUUUAUGUUUUGACAAGUGCCAGACUUUCCAAACUCAAACACAGAUGAACAUUGGGUAAGACAAAGUUGUGGGUUCAUUUAAUGGUUAGAUUUUUUCAUUUUACAUACUUGUAGGGCUUCCAUGUAGGAAUGCGCAGUAACACUUUAUUCCAUUAAUAAUAAUAAUAAUUUAAAAAAAAUAUUAUGCUUUCCAUCUGACUGCCCCCCCACUUCAUUACCACCACUGAGAAAGUAUGUUCCCAUGUUGGCAAAGGUGAUAAAAAAGCUUUUUUGCCUGCUGGUGCAAAGAGUGCCUCUUUGGGGAAAGCAUUCCAUAAAUGGGGAGCCACCAUUGAGAAGGCACAUACUUGUGUCACCAACCUUUGCACAGAAAAGGGCCUCAGAUGACAAAUGCAGGGUCCAGGUUGGUUGUCCCUUGGAUUAAUUAUUUUUCCUAGAAAUUUUACUUGUUUUUUUUAAAUGUCAGUAUAUACCAAAUGGGGGCUAUUCAAAGGGAACCAACACUAGUUCAGAUUAAUUUAGUUACUGCCAGUUCAAAUGUUUACUCCAUGUUAACUUUUCAUUCUGUAUUUUUUGUUCUGUUCUCUUGUAUUUGUGCAUAGCAUUUGGGGGUUGUGGUGGCAUUUGUCACUGCAAAAAUAGUUCACUUGUGCAGAUUCUUAACAUAUUGCAGUUGGAAGGAAAAAUAGAAGGCAUAAAGAGGUCUGUCAUGCAUGCUUGUGUGAAGUAAAGACAUACAGAGGGGUAAUUGAGUAGAGGAUAGUAUAUUAGAGUCCUAGUGGCAGAGCUGAAGUGAAAUGAGUCACCUGUUUUCCCCAGUUCAAUACACUGUUACAGAAUCAUUCUGAAACGAAUGAUUAAGCACUGCCUUGUAAAUUAGGGCAGGUCCUAAUAGAAGUGGUUAUGUUCCUACUUGAUUUUGCAAUUGCUGUCUGUUCUGAAAUGAAUUUGAGUCUCUUCCUCACUGCACACUCUAGUGUGAAAGUGCAUGAACUAUAAGUCCUUCAGACAUGCUAAUAUGGACCCAUGAAAGUUGAAACCAUAUUCUAGAAGCGAUCUCUCCCCUUUAGAAAAUAGAGAUAAAUGCCAUGGCCAUAGCCAUUGACCUCAUCAGCCAGAGUGCUUGGCUGAUUGAACUCUGGACAUUCAUACUAUAGUUGUGU